AUGAAUGCGCAUAAGAAUGAUGGCGCUGUUAGUGACGAAACCACCGAAGAUGAAGAUAAUAGUCUCUUAUAUGAUGCGCCAACGGUUAGUCCAUCUGCUACAGCUACAACUGGGGUAGGUGGAGUAUCGACAUCAGAACUUUCUCAUUAUCGGUUAAAGAUCUGCAAAGAACUAGGCCUAAUUGGAGUUACUGAGGGUCAAACGAGACAGGGAAAUCAAGGAGAGGAAGAGCUAGCAAAUGAAAUAGACGACGGUAUAUUACGAAACUAUAUCGAGCUACAGCUGACCACUGAUCGCAUUAAACUGGAAAGCCUAAAAAGAGAUAAUUUGAACAAGAUCGAUGAGAUUUUGUCCAAGUUGAUCAGAUCAAAUAUCCCGAUUAGCACAUUUGAUAGGUUACUGCAAGCAUCACGAUCGAAUAACGCAGUUGAAUCUACAUUACCUAGUACUAAUUUCGGCCUAGAUAAUGCAUUUGUUCCGGGGGGUGAACAGGUGAAUGAUAAUAAGCGGAAAAGAACUGAGCCCAAGCAUCUGUCUCGCCAUCGACGUCAUAAUUCUGAGUUACAUAUGCCACAACAUCACGAGAAUGCUCAUCCUACAGUCAUCCUACCUCAGUUACAGCAGAGAUGGACAGGAAAUUCGCAGGAUAACGUGUCGCCGACGGCCACCCCUAGGUAUCCCCUUCCGGUAACGAGCCCACGGUAUACAUUUCCUACGAAUGUGCAAUCACCAUCUGGUCCAUCGCCAAGGAACAUUAUACAUUCAGCACACUCAGAAGCAUCAGCGCCCUCACAUAGGGUCACAAUUGGUCCCUCGCCUCAACUUGCCAAUCCACUGACCCAGCUACUGCACGCUGCUACACCCUUGACAGGGGUAUUUGCAAAACAGCAAUCGCAUAACGCACAACCGCAACCACAGCACGGUGACAUGUUCUCGAAUACACAAGAUGGCAUGUUCCUACCGCCAAAUACUCUUCCUUUAAAAGCACCGGCCAACAUAACAUCUUCAUCGUCUAUUACUGGUUUUAAUAGGGGUCAUAGGAGAACACAAAGUGCACAGGUUCGAGUAGUACCAGAGAUGUCUACUUUCACGGUGAAUAAGUCACCGGCAAUUGCAGAGAGGCGUGUUGAAGACAUUUCUUCUCCUGAUCAAAACCACCGCUUUCCACAAAGUAAUGCAUUAAAACGGUCGCCUACAACAUCUGGCGCUUCGACAUCUUCCAAGGUAAGUUUUUUGAUACAUACUCCAAAGCAUCCACCUAAAAGGUGA